UAAUAAAAAGUAUUUUCUUUUUUUUAUUGUAGGAUGGAAAAGAGACCAGUCUGAAAACCUUCCCCUUUGUGGGCUUUGCGGUUGUCUGCUAGAAUGUUCCUUAUGAAUGCUUGUCCUCUGGUAGCUCUUCAGACACAAUGGGAAUCCUUUGGACCAGUGAGGAAUUGUAGAUACCCUGUUUGCUUCUCUGAGUCUGAAGGGGACGUCACCAGAAACUCUGUACAUGCAAAAGUUCAGAUGAUCAUAAACAGCCUGCAAAGUCAAGAGUCUCCCCUGGGUAUGAACAAUGAGUGUGAAUGUAUUAUGCAGAAGAAACAAAAGGGAGAAAAAGGCACGAGCAAUAGGGUUGCAUCCAGCACCACACUGCUCCAGAAACAUCCUAAAUACACCGAGAGGGGUUGUCCUGCUGAUUCUGAUGACACUGAAGAGAAUGUGGAGUUUGGGACUCUCUUGCUUGACUCUGAUAGUGACGAUUCUGUUGACCGAGGUAUAGAGGAAGCUAUUCAGGAGUACUUGAAAGCAAAAGGAAAAAGUGACCAGUCAUUACAGAGGAAUGCAGAGUGUUCCGAAAACAUAGCCAGAGACAAAAGGCUUAAGAGAGAAUUCUCCCAGAACAAAAUGUCUAGUAACCUUCUCCCUGUGAAAUUUAAAGCAGAUAUGCUCUCCGAAGAGUACUUUUCUGACCAGCUUGGAAUUGGUAAAAGACUACAGCCUGCUUCCCCACAAAGCAUUAGUAGUGAUGACUCUUUUGAACAGAGCAUACAAGCUGAAAUUGUGCAGUUCUUGAACGAGAAGAAGCAACAAGAAAUUAGCAAGUGUGUAAUUGGGCAGGAUAAAAAAGAUCCCCAUGUGAGAUCUGUCCUUAAAAGCAACAAACAGACUGCUAACAAAACAGACUGUGGUGCUGUGAAGCGAGGUUGUAACGCGCUCCUCUUGAGACACCAUCCCAAGCUACGGAAAACCAGCACGCAGUCCAAGUGUUUGAAGUCUAAAAUCCAGGAAAUGCCUGCUGAUUUCGACCAAGUGGACCAAGCUUAUCUAGAAGCAGCCAGCCAGCCCUGGUUACUGCAGCAAAAUGAAGAAAGUGGAACUAACUACUGGGAACCUAGUGGAACACUUAUGGAUGAGAGCAUGCACCCAUCCGACUCCAGCAGCGAUGAUGGGAUUGAAGAAGCCAUUCAGCUUUAUCAGCUGGAGAAGAUCAGGAAAGAGGCAGGUCACACAACGGACUGUGUCCCUUUGCAAAGGGAACAAUUUGAUACAAAGGGUAUAGCGGACAUUUCAGCAAGCCUGACAAUUAGCUCAACAAAAAGUGCCUCACCAGAAAUCUGUAAAAGCCCUACGAGCAACAAGAGGAAAGAAAUUAAUUCAAAAUCAACAGAAUUAGAAAGCUCCAGCAAUGACUUUAACAGGCUGUUUAAACCACUGAAAAAAGCCAGGCAUUUUGUACCUCCGGAAAACAAGAUUGCUGCUUGCGAGCUCACAUUGCAGGCUUCUUGCAGAGCAGACACAUCUGCAGAACUCAUGUGUGCAGAAGCUAUUCUUGAUAUUUCCAAAACAAUCAUGCCAUCCCAAAUGGGAAGUGACAGCAAAUCUCUCGCUGCAGAUUCCUUCUUUUCUCCCCAGCUUCUCUCAUCUUCCCAUUGUGAAAGUGACAGCAGCCUUGUGGACAGCGAUGAUAGCAUAGAGCAAGAAAUCCGGGCCUUUUUGGCUCUGAAAGCACAGUCAGAAAGCCUUGUAGCGAAGCCUCCUGGCCUGUCACACCCGAUCCAGAUGCCCUUGCCAUCUGAUCAAAACAGCCUCGCUGGUACCCUUGAGCCUUCUCUUCCCAAAACACUGAAACUAUCACUGAAUCGUAAAAAGAGACUUAAAAGGGAAGGUGGAAUAGCAAAGCAAGGUGCAUCGAAAGCAUCCGAACAGCUGGGGACGGGAUUUAUUCCAGAUAACUAUUCGAAAGUUCCUGUGCUCCAGGAGGGUACCCUGACCAGCUCUGAAGGACUCUGUGGUGCUCCGAUGCUCAGUAGCAAUGAGGCUGAGCAGCAGCAGCUGAUGUCUUCUGAGCUGUCUGAAUCUGUUGGCGAAUGUGUGGCCUUGGAUUCUGGAAAUCCUUUUUUGCAGGUUCAGAGUGGGACGAGACAGCUUGUGAAAAACACCAUCCAAACUCAAGAGAGGGAUGGUUCAGAUGAUGAGAGCAGUUCUCUGGAUAGUGAUGAGGACCUCGAUAGUGCUAUUAAGGACCUUUUACGAUCUAAAAGAAAAUUAAAGAAGAAGUCUAAGGACCAGAAAUCUCAGUGCAAGAAGAGAGUCAGGUGUACCGAGACAGACAGUCAACUGCUGGAUGAGGUUGGUGACCUUCAGCAAUGUGAGUGGAAAUGUAAAAAUCCCAUGCUACUGAAAAGCUGCCUCUCAAAAUCUAGAAAAACUGUGAAAGAGAACGCAGUCAGAAAUUAUCCAGAUGACAUAAAUGUCAGCCUUUCAAGUGAAAGACCAGAAGCCGUUAAGAACGUAGAGUUUGAUUUACAGCUUAAAAAAGGAUGCAAACCUGAACCCAUUUCGAACCAGAAUAACCUGCAGAUAGCUAAAAAGAGAAAAUGUAGUUUCACAGCUGCAUUAGGCACUGAUGAUAGCAGUUCAGUGGAUAGUGAUGACAGCAUUGAACAAGAAAUUAGGAAAUUUUUGGCAGAAAAGGCUAAAGACUCUGCAAGCAAUUCAGAGGUGCAAAAAAAUGAGGCAACUCUAGACCUGUUGACCAAACAAACUGCAAAUAAAGGAAAAGUGAAGCAACAGUCGGUUGAAAAUGAGAUAGACUUCUUGCUGGGUCAGACUAAAAAGACUAAGGGAACUCAGCAAACUGAUGAGUUGAAGAGCUCUCAGAGAACGGAAGGGAAAAGUGCAAUGUUACUUGACAGUGGGAAAACUGCUUCCUCUGCAGAGAAUGUUUCUUUUAAUACUACUGGUCAGUCAAAAGCUAAACAAGGAAUGGUGGGGGUUAAAGGUGUUGCUGCUGGUGAGUUACCUGGGAAAGCAACGGGUAAAAAGGAUGUCUCUAAUACGGAGCCUGUGCAGAAAACACUUCCACCUAAAACCAGCAAAAAUGAAGGUCGUAAAAGGCAAAAAGUAAGCAAUGCAAAGUCUAGAUCUAAAAGAAAGAACUCCUUUCAGUUAAAGAUUUCGAGUAAAUUUAUUGCAGGUCUGAAACGUGCUCGGGAGAGGAAGAAAUCCAUGCUUUUGAACAAAAAGCAGAAAUCAGAGCAUUUGCUCAGCCAGAGCAGCGCAUCAGGAACAGAGGUAGCUUCCCAGGAUACAGAUGUACUUACACGGGAAAAAGGAGCCCCACUGCCAAAAGGUGAAUGUAGUGGGGAGAAUAAGACAGCAAUAAAAGAAUGCAGCUCUUCUCAGAAGCUCACUGUGGAAGUGUCAGGUCCCCAUGUAGCAGAAACCUGUGAAAGACCAGAUGCUGCUCCUUUGUAUAUCAAAGAAGCAGAGGGCUGCAAAAAGGCUGCUGCUGCAGGAGGCUGGACGGAUUCACAUCUGAAUCUCUCCUCACAGGAGCAGAGUGUGGCAGCAGGACAAGUAGAUAAGGUUUGCAGAGGAGCAAACAAAGCUGAGAAAGUACAGAUGGGGACUGAGGAAGGAGAUAGCCACAAAGACAGCUGGGCAGAUUCAAAUGUAAGUCCCCCACUCCCACAGCGCAGUAUGGCAGUGGUAGAAGCAGAUAAAGUUAGCAGAGAAACGUGCCAGCGGAGUAUGCACGUAUGUGGUCAUGGAGAGAAUAACCAGCAGGACAACAGGCAAGGUCCAUGUGUAGGUUUUGCACUGCAGGAGCUAAGUGUGACAGCAGUAACAGCAGGUGAAGCUAGUGGAGAAGCAUGUGCAGGUAACGGUGUGCACAUGUGCAUGGAGAAGGAAAGCAUUACCUGCCAGGACAGUGACAGACAGUCAGAAAUUCAGGUAUCCAGCUCCAGUUGGGAAGGCAAAGUGCCUGUCCUGCAGAAUAGGGAAACUGACUGUGAACCGGACCAAGGGCAGGAAGUUUUAGAGAAGGACUGUGCAAAAUGUACUGACACACCAGCAGGGGACAGCCCAGCUUCCCUCAUGAAAUUAAAGGUAUCAAAUAAGAGAAGAAAGAGAAGAGAAACUCAAAGCGUUAUCUAGAGUCUAACGGAGGAAUAGCAGCGAGUGAGAGAAGGUUGCUUAUCUAUUUUAAUGCGUUGAGUAUUUAAAAAGUUAACUUUCCAGGCUCAUUUCUGUGCCCAGUAUUUACUUGCUCAAAUGUGUUGGCGUGUUUUUGGAAGGAUGAACUCAGCUGGCUGCUUUUGCCUUUGAGAUAACUAAAUGAGUUGCAGUGCAGGGCUUGAAGUGUUUGUUAGGCUUGCUUGAAGUUGUGUCUGGCCCAGGAGCAUACACUGGGCUUUGAAUGUUUAAAUUGUUUUAAAACAAAACUCACCACAAAACGCAGGCCUGAUGGCAUGCUGUUCAGUUUUGGACUUUAGAUGUUCAGUGACUUUAACUAAACAGAGUAAUCUGUUCCUCCUCCAAAGCUAAAUGAGGCCUCGACUGGUUGGGAGUCCUAUGAAGUCCUAGAGUUUGAAGUUGGGGGGGUGUUUCUAGAAAUGUACUGCUACCUUUAACCUGUUAACGUGGCUAUUUUGUCACAUUGUAUACCAAGCUGAAAGAUUCUUUACUGUGUUCAGGAGGAAAAGUUUUCAUUAAAUUCCAACUUAACUGUGUAACUGCAUGAACUUGUGUUGUCCUGCUGCUACUCGUUGUGCCACGGAGCUCUUUUUGACAUCCUGUGCCAUUUCAUUCCCCUCGGAGAUCAUUUUCAGGAUCACUUAAGUGCUGUGGAUUCCUGCAUGUGUUUCUUUAUUAAGACAACAGCUCUGAAACAGUUCUGCAAGUUUAGGACGCCCUCAAGG